UCUCCUGUCCUCGCGCUGCUGAACGGUCCUCCGCUGGGGCAGCCGCUGAGCUGUACAGGCUGAAGUCCUCACCAGCGAAAGAAACAGAGGGCGGAAUAAGGAGCAGUCGGCACUCGAGGAACAAGCCAGCCGCGUUUCAAAACGAGAAAUUAGAGUUGGGGAAUACAGUCUGGAACAGAAACACCAGAAUACCUCCAAGGUUCACCCCACCCACUGCACACUUUUGGCUGAGGAACUUGCAGAGCCUGUCUGAACUUGCCAGCGGCAGCAGCAGCAGGUUUAGUGGAGGCAUACGUGUACUGUGCAAUGGCUCUGUUGACCCUGCACAGGCUCCCAUCCAUCCCCACCAGUCCAGAUGAAAGCCUCCAAAGAAGAGGAAGACUUCAGAAAAGGGAGAGCUUUGCCCUUGUGAAGGGGGCUGUCCAUCUGCUGGAAGAUGGCAAGCAGGCAGACAUCGAUGAAGAGACUUCUGUCCCUCCAGUUUCUCCGGCAAAGGAAGGCGUCGGAGCGUCAGACAUGCGGCGCAGACAUGUUCAUGCCAUGGUUGAACAGCUCAGGCCAGAAGACACCAUAAAGCUGGCGGUGCAGUUGGAGUCUGUCAGCUCGGUGAGGGUCAGAUAUCUGAUCAUUGUCUCCACCCUCAGCAACAAACAAGAGAGCAUCCUGUUGGGCAUGGAUUUCCCCACCUCAGACAGUGAUCAUUGCACCAUCGGCCUUGUUCUGCCGGUAUGGAGCGACACGCAGGUGUAUCUGGAUGGAGAUGGUGGUUUUAGUGUAACCUCAGCUGAAGAGACCAGAAUCUUUAAGCCUGUUUCUAUGCAGACCAUGUGGUCAGUGCUACAGGUGUUGCAUGGCUGCUGCGAGCGAGCGGUCAAGGCAGCGGUGAUCCCAGGCAAUGGCCUUGAGUGGGCUCAGCACUACCACCACCACACUGAGUCUGACCGCUAUUGCCUUAACGAGUGGGAGGCCAUGAAUGACCUGGAGUCGGUCCGCAGGGACAGUGAUGGACAGAGCUCGGCAGAAAGAAUUUCCAAUCAGGAGCUGAUCAAAGAACACCUGAGAGACAUCAUGAGGACUGAAGACCUAGACAACCUCACGUCUAAAAUGGUGCACUCAACCCUGGAGACCAGGAUAGGCUUCGACAUGAGACCCUAUAAGGAGUACAUUGACAAUGAGAUCCUGGUCACCAUGGCACAGAUGGACAAACCCUCCAAAAUAUUUGACUAUCUUUACCUGGGCUCUGAGUGGAACGCAGCUAACUUCGAGGAGCUGCGGAAAAACAAUGUGGGCUAUAUUCUGAAUGUGACAAGGGAGAUUGACAACUUCUUCCCAGAGUCCUUCACUUAUAUGAACAUCAGAGUGUAUGAUGUGGAGGAAACCGACCUGCUCUCUCACUGGCCAGACACGUACAACUUCAUCAACACUGCAAGGAAGAGUGGACAGGCGGUGUUGGUGCACUGUAAGAUGGGCGUUUCUCGCUCAGGGUCCACGGUGAUUGCCUACGCCAUGAAACAGCAGCAGUGGCCACUGGAUGUGGCGUUGCCGUACGUCAGGGAUCGCCGGCCCAUCGUCAAGCCCAACGAGGGCUUCAUGAAGCAGCUACAGACCUACAACGGCAUCCUCAACGCGAGCCAGCAGCGUCACAGCGCACUCUGGAGGCGAAAGUCUAGAGACCAAAGACAAAAGUCAGUGCGCAAGGAGGAGGUCGGGGAUGGAAACCCAGAGGAGGAAGAGGAAGAUGAUGAAGAACUUGGUGAUGAAGAUGAAGAGAGUCCAGUUGAAAAGUAUUCAGGUAGCCCAGAUGAAAAAGAUGAUUCAGAGGAAGACACAGAGGUUUUUGAAGAGCCCACUACCCAGUAUGAUGCAAACCAGGGACCUGGGCAGAUGAAACCACCAGAAGUCAACCCUGUUAUCACAGUCGCUCCGAGUGUUAAUCGCAGUGGCAGGAUGAACCUCUUCUCCCUCAUGCAGUCCAUUAGUGAACUGGACGACGGAGAUAGAGAACAGGUACCUGGCAGUCCGAGGCGGUCUCCAGGACAGCGGAGACGUAGCCAAGGUCGACGAGGUCUGAUUCACCAGAAAGGGUGUGUGGAUGUUUCACCUGAACCGCGUCACCUGCAGGAAGCAGGUCAAAGCAAAACCUAAAGAGCUAAGGUCCGAAAGAGCUGGGCGUUACAGGAGGGAGAGGGACCUUUAGAGGAGGAAAAAGUCCUGAAAGAGACAACACCUGAAGUGGAGAGUGCUCUGGUAACAUGCUAAAGUUUUUAUACACUGAUACACUCGGGCUUUUUAUUUCAGAUUAUUUACAUUGUCAGAGUUUUAAAUUGUGUUUUGCAGGUCUUUUAUUACAUAAUUUGUUAUUAUUACUGAUGGUUCACUGAUGUUAAAAGGAUCUUGCCGCAGUAUUUCUAUACCAGUGAAAGCUAAGGUGCCUGAUGGCUUAAGCGAUUCUCAGUGUAAAUUGCUGUGUUUUUUUCUCAUGUGUUUUUGUAACAUAUCUCAUCACACACAGCUGUACCGCCUCUCCCUCCAUGUAGCAAUCGCCCCUCUUCCCUUUUCCCUUCUUCAGCUCCCACAUCAUCACUCCAGUGAUGAUAUCUAUGCAAUUAACAUUCUCCUUUAAGCUGUAUGCUGCCAAUCCAAGGUAAAAGGUUUUAUUUGCGUUUCACAUUCUCUCAUCAGAAGAUGCGACUUUGUCCGCAGAUGGGAUGAUUUCCAUGUAUCCGAGCUGUGCAUUUUAGACCAAGUCAGGGCCAGUGUUAUGACACAAGCCUUUCUGCCAAACUAUGUAUUCCCAUGUGCCAAUGAAUAAUUUAUCAUGUCAGUAUAUUAAGAGCCAAUGUCACCCAUUUUAUUUUUAUUCCCUCUAUUUGAACACCAGGCCUGUACGAGUGCCUUCAACCUGAGAGUGAAAUGACUCUGUGACUGGUGUUUUUACUACAAUGUGGCGGCUAUACCUUACCUGUACUUUUAUGUACUGUUUCUCACUUGGUUUUAUUACAGUAUAAAUGUGACUUCCCAAGGUUUUGCAUGUUUGUCUAAUGCACAUAUAUCAACACGUAAUUGCUGAUGACCUGGGUGCAUGUUAUGAGUUUUUAUACGAACAUGUGAGAGCAAAUUGUUCAGGGUUUUCUUGUGUAUUUAUAUUGACAUUUAAUGGACAGAGAUCAAUUAUUCGAUAUUCUGUUUUCAGAAUUCCGAUCACUAGAUGCUGGUGUUACUUUAAAUUCAGUGAACACAAGCUAAAUCUUACUGCAUUUAAUGUGCAUGCUCACCUUUCAAGAAAAUAUGCACUUUAUAAUCCCACGACACACACUGUUCCCACUGCCUGAGCCAAUGUCACGCUGUAAUAUGAUUAAAAUGAUUUUAUUUUGUUGUGUCCACA